CUUAUGCGUCAGAGGAUAAGUAAAUACCCGAUUUCGAGUAACAUCACCAUCCUACAACUCAUUUAAUCGAUGAAAAAUCGAACCUCCGACGGUAUUAAGUUGGUGAAAUGUUACGAGAGAUGAUACCGUUACUUUUAUUAUUCCUUAAAAUCGUCUUGAGCGGAGCUUUGGCUGACGAUAAUGUACAGCAAAGUCAACUCCCCGAUGGGAAGAUUUGUCUGUUUACAUGUAGCGAAUGGAUCUUCAAAGAAAAGGUUCUGCAAUUUGCACCUUCAGCCGAUUUAUUGGGUCCUGGAUACUUGAGCAAACACAAGAUUGGUUUUUCAAGUGACGAUUGUAAUACACAAGGCAACAAUGAUGCUCCUCUCCAAUACCAAAAAGUUUGGGGAGCUGUGUAUUCCAUUGAUAAAACCGAAUAUGACGCUGUGCUCAAACAGUCCCGAAGCGAAUACUCAGUACCAUUUGAAUCAAACGAAGACGUUUUUGUAGUCAAAUACAACGAAAUGAAUUGUCUAGUCGUUGAUCUCGGUAUCCAACCAGGAGAUCAUCCUCCGUGGAGACAUUUCAAUAUGAAAAUACCCAACACUAUUGAAGACGACGCCUACUACAAUCGUCUGGCUCAAAUAGGAGUACCUCAAGAAUAUAUCAAAGGAUUGAGAAAUUCUUCUAUAAAACCUCAAUAUCAUCCAAUCAUUCCACAAGAUUACCAUCCUAGACAAGAUAAUCAACAACCCAAACGCACUUAUGAUCAGCUACCCGUUGUUCCAGCUCAUCAGUACAACAACGUUCAACCUACAACAGGUGUUCCUUCUGUAAACAUUCAACCGAAUACGCGUAAGUUGCUUCCCGGAGUUCCGAAUCCAAAUAGUCCACCUUCGGUAAUAUCGAAUACACCUGGAUACGUUCAAGGGCAAGUCCCACUAACCAAUGUACAACCUGGCUCUCAUGAUGUUCAAGUAGUUGUACCUAAAGAUAUCGACGCCGGCGUUGCGCAAACUCCAGAUGGACAACCAGUUGUUGCGAUUACACCAAUGAAAUUACCAGGAAGUUCAAACGUCCAAUCUGGCCCAAAUGAUGUUCAAAUAGCUGUUCCUAAAGAGAUUGAUUCUGGUGUUACUCAUACUCCUGAUGGUCAACCAGUUGUCCUUAUUACGCCAUUGAAGUUACCUGGAAGUACAACUGCUCAACCUGUGAUGGCACAACCAGCCACUAAUGUGCAACAUUCAUCACCUGUUAUAGUACCUGGAAAGAAUGUUGAUUCUAACGUAGUGGUUCCACCAAAUGGUCAUGUUGUCAGGGGAAUUGACAACGCUAUUCCUACCCAAGUAACUGGUGUGGGUCAACCUACUUCAUUGACUCCUACAAUAUCGGGAACACCACAAACACCUUCAGAUGAUCAAUCAUAUGUGGUCAUCACUCCUCUAAACAUAUCCCCAAAUAAAAAUCUUAACUCGGUUCCAGUUGGACAAGAUUACAAAGUACAAACUCCAACAAGUCUUCAACCAAAUGAAGUUCAACCAUCAUUCUCAAGACCAGAAGAUGUGCCUCCAAUGCUGCUAGGUGGACCAAAACAACAAACUCAAGUUAUACCAGAUUACGCAACCACUGGUCAGCCCACUGUCACUCAGCAACAACCUCAAAACCACUUACUUUUGAGUCCUGAUACUGUUUCUCCUCCUAGGCUUCCAGUUCAAGCUCCUGGUCUUCUAAAUAAUCCGUCUUAUCAAAUAGGAAAUGAACCGGUCCCAACGUUACCUACUUCAUAUGAUAUUCCAUGUGAUAAUGGCAUUCCUGGUUCAGAUUCUGGCCUGUUGACUCUUUCACCAGAUUCCAAUUUGACCCCAAAUUAUCAAAAUGAUUCUCCUUUACUUACACUAAAUGAUGCGCCAUCAACCACAAAUUCUUUCCCCACUCAACAAGUUGGUAAUCCAUCUCUCUUGGUGGGCCAACCACAGAACAGCAAUCCAACAGUCAUUCCUCAUCAAAAGUCUGUAAAUCCCGUUGUUCUGCACAACAACCCUAAUCAUUUGCAAACCAACACUAUACCAGAUAAUGUACAACCUCAUACGGCAGUUGAUCACCCCAUUUAUCGUCUCCCAGAUUCCUUUAGUGUAUCAAAACCAGCUCCUAUCUUACCAAAGAACCCUAUGUUUGGAUUUGAACAAACUCAACCCAAUCAUGUUAUUACUCAUGAUGCUCCUUGCACAACACCUGUUGACAACCAACCACUUCUUGUAUCUCAUCAACCCACUGCAAACGUUGUCAAUCCAGGCAAUAGCCCCGAUGUUUUGCUAACCAACACUGGACCAGAUCACCUGCAAGUUCAUCCCACUGGUGAUCAGACUCUUCACCAAAUCCCUGAAUCAUUCGCUGUACCAAAACCAUCUCCUGUUGUUUCUGAUAAACCAAUGUUUACAUUGAAUCAACCAAAUUGUGUUGACCAUCAAUCCCCUGAUUAUUAUCAAAUCAACCCACAUACCCUCGAGGUCAACAAUAAUCCUGAUCUUUUGAAUACCAACACAGCACCAAAUCAUGUACAACUCCGCCCUGAUACUGAUCAUACCAUCAUUCAAACCCCCAGCUCUCAACAACUAACUCCUCAUACUCUGGAUGUCAACCAUCCUGAUGUCUUGAACACCAACACAGCACCAAAUCAUUUACAACUUCAACCUACUAGCCCCAACUCUCAAAUCAUUCCAAAAUCCCUUGAAGUCAAUAACCCAGAUUUAUUGAACACCAACACGGCACCUAAUCAUAUGCAAAUUCAACCCCAUGGUGAUCAUACAGUUCACUCAAUCCCAACUUCACCCGAUGUAUCAAAACCUAUCCCUGUUAUACCUGAAAAGCCGAUGUUUGGAUUCAAUCAUAACAACUAUCCUCCUAGUGCAAUUCCAGCUACUUUUGGUAUUUCUAGUCAACCCCCUGUGGUGCAAGAUAAGCCUAUGUUUUCUUUAGGUCGUUCCCCUUCAACAUGGACACCUAAGCACAUUGAUGAUGAUUUGAAUAUACCUCCAUCCACUAGCACAAUUCCCGUACAACCUGUUGAUCAGCCCCAUUCUACUGGACUCUUGACCAGCCAUCCAGAUCAAUUGGUUUCUCCACCACCCAAUGUCGCACUUACCCCUACAACCCCAGAUUCACAUACUGUUCAGGUCCCUAAUCAUAUCGUUGACAACAGUCAUCCAGUUCUGUUGACUUCUCAACCAACUGUUGUGAAUGAUGGCAAUCCAGCUCCAGUGGUUCACCAAAUAGACAACGCCCCGCUCACAGCCACCACCCCAGAUGAUCAUAUAGUUCACGUUCCCAAUCAAAUCGUUGAGAAUGGACCAAGUGCAACUGUUAUUCCACCAACAUCCACGCUCCAAGCACCAAAUCAUGUUGUUACGAAUGGUAAUCCAGCCACAUUGGUCACCAAACCAGACAAUGUAGCCAUUACACCAACUGCAUCUCCAACAAUCGCAUCCCAUCCAACUAUUACUCAAAAUGAUCAUCCUGAUCAGCUCAUUUCCCAACAACCUCACAAUAUCUCUUCUCAACCUACCAAUAUUGCUAGUCCAGUUCAAGCUCCUACAGUUCCUUCCCAGCCUAUUCAUCAAGUAUCUCCUCCUGCAUAUACCCCAUCCACAUUUAUGGCACCUAAUUAUACACCUGUCUCUCCAGCUCUAGGAUACACAUUUGCUUAUCGGUAUCCACAAUACAUUCAUAACUCCAAUUACAAACCACCAAACUGCUACUAUCAACCAGACGAAUUGAUUCCUGGAUUUACUUUUGGAAGUCACAUUCAAUUAUAUUAAGUCGCAAUGUAAUUAAGAUUAAUAGAUAUUAUUAGCUACCUAAGUGAAAUUAUUUCAAAGUUGUAUUGCAAAGCAUAAUUCCUAAUUCGAAAUAAAAUUUUAUGAAUUUAAA